AUGGGUUCAGUUAUUUCAUGCAAAGUAUCUGCAGAAUACUUCUUUUGGGAUUAUCAGGUUAAGCAGGGUGAUUCUAAUACAUGGAAAGAUAUGAUUGCAGUUCGUAACAUCUUCACCAAUAAUUGUUGUUGGUUUAUUAGGUUCGGAGAUAACAUCCAGAUUUGGAACGACCCAUGGAUCCCAAAUCUACCGGGUUUUAGACCAACCAUGCUGCAAAAUUCAAUUAUUCAGGUGACGUGGGUUUCAGAACUCUUUGUUCAGGGUCAAAAAAUCUGGAAUGUGGAGUUAUUGUUGGAGUUAUUCCCGCUGGAUCAAGCGGAAAUUAUAUCUCAAAUAUAUAUUCCGCAAGAAGAGGAAGUUCAAGACAAGUUAAUAUGGAUAAAAACUCCUUCUGGGAAGUUUACUACAAAGUCAUGUUAUAAACUUCUCUCUGAUAAUAAUCUAACAACCUCUUCAAUGGCAGAAUUUCCGUGGAAACAAUUUUGGAAGAAGAACGUAUGUCCUUUGUGCAAUUUAGCAGAGGAGUCGAUAUUUCAUCUAUUCUUCAGUUGUCAGUUUGAUUUGGAAGUGUUUCAGAACAGUCCGAUAUUGAUCGAAACACAUGGAGAAACUGUAAUGGAAGUUAUCAGUCAUUGGUUGGCUUACCCUGAUCAAGGUAUUAUACCGAACUUAGGUUCUUGCUUAAUGUGGAAUAUUUGGAAGAUAAGGAACGAUUUGGUCUUUAACAAUAAUCACACAGCGGUUGGUAUUUGUAUCCACAAAGCUCUGGAAGAUUUUGAGUGUUUAGAUCUGCACCAUGCUUUGAACUAUUGCUCGGAGAUUCAGGUCAAUCAAAAUAACUUUGCAGCUUGGGAACUUCAAUCUUCAACCUUUGUGAAGACCAAUGUGGAUGCCACAUAUAAUAAUGGCAAAGGAGCUGUAGCAGCAGUUGCGGUAGAUUUUUUUGGCAAUCAUCUGGGUUGUGGUGCAAUCUGUUUUGAUACAUUCUCUGCAGCAAUGGCAGAAGCAAAAGCAUAUGGCUUUGGAAUACAACUGGCUAGGAGAUUACAACUUCCUCGUGUAAUUGUGGAAGUUGAUGCAUCUGAGAUUCCAAAAGCAGUGACAGGAAAUACGAAUGAGAUCCCUUGGAGUAUUCGCUCAACGGUUCUAUCUAUUCGUGAUCGCAUCAAGGAUUUUAGUGAAAUUAAAUUUGUAGUUAUUCCUAGAGAUGCUAAUUCUAUUACGCAUGACUUAAUUCAAUACGCAAUCUCAAACUAUAUUAACAAAUGGUGGUAUCAUGAUGAAUCACCUAAUUUUAUUAUGCAACGUCUCACUUUUAGUGAGGAAUAA